AAUGGAAGUCCCAAAAUUAAGCAAACCUGAUAUGUAUAAGUUUCUGAUGUACACUCUGCUCCAAAACAACUUUACAGUCUUAUCAACAGAAACUAUAGCCGAAAUUGGAACUACUAUCACAACGCACAAUGAGCAGUUCUUCAAAGAUCACAAAGUUGGAGCGCUAAAAUGAAAUACGUUCUUCUUGGACAAGCAGUUCCAAAUCAAACAACGGGGUGAAAAUACUUGUAUGGUUGAUUUUGUUUGGCACAAUUGCAAGGGUAAGAAGGGUUUCCAGAAAUAUACGUAUCAAAAACUAAGUGAUGAGUUAGAAGAAUAUACAGCAAGUUUUCCAAUGAUGUCAACACAAGAGUUAAUUGAUUGGGCUAAAGCAUUUCAUCCAAAUAUAUCAAUCCACGCCUAUGACAGUACAUGGCGCAAAUUUAUGAAACAUAUUGCUAGCGCAUCAAGAGAUAUAAGCCUCGUGUUUUACAUCAAAGACCAUCAUCUAUACCCCUUUCAAGAUAACCACCUCAAACAGAUCGCAACAAAAGCUAAUCAAGGUGGUGCUGACAAUCUAUGGCGCUACAUGUCAGAACUGAAAUGGUCAAAUCGAUCAAGUAACUACAUUAAGUACCAACAACUUAUCGACAAUGAAGAUGAUGAUAUUAUUGAAAAACCAAAAGACAACAAAACAAACAAACCAACAUUAUUGACGAUAGAGAAUCACUUGAUCGUCCUACCAGAAGAUAUGAAGAUUGAGUACGUUAUUGAGCAAUACUUAAUCCGCACCAAUUAUUUUGUCGAAUAUUUACAUUACGAUAAUAACGGAAGAUUGGAUGGUUUUAUGGACCACAAACAUAAUAUGUACAUACUGAAAAAUGAUUAUGACAUAAGGAAGGAGAUAUGCAGGAAGUUAUUCAAGAUGUACAAUACACAUGACUUUAUUUGGUGUAACCAAUCAUACACUACAUCAGCAUCAUCAAUGUUCAAACACAUGAGAGGAUACCUCCCCGAAUCACAGUAUUACACAAAAAAAGGGAAAUGCUUGAUGAUUUUUAUCCUCGAGCUCUGCAAUGGUGUACAAGAGAGGAAGUACCAGAGUUUGUCACAUCACUUGAUAUCAGCAAAUGUUAUUCAAGCACUGUGUGAAAUGAGUUGUGUCAUGGUCCCGAUAUUAGUCGAUACGAACCCGUAUUCUUGAGAAAAACGGAAGUAUGGAGAGGUAUCGGGCUCCGGACACGCAGCGUAUACAUUGAGUAUCAGGACCCGUAUUUUUCCUGAAUCGAACUUUUUCCGCGGAAUGGAAUAUCCGAUAUCCGGAAACGUCAUUGAAACGCGGCGUGUCAAGACCUGUAAACGUCCUUAUUUGUCUAGAUUUGCCGAGAAUCAUGGAGUGCCGUUGAUGAACGCUACAAUUUUUGCCUUUCAUUUUCACUAAAAUUCCACGCUACGGAUUUUGUUAUCCUAAUUUAUACUCCAAACGUUCACGACACGUGAAGAUUCUAUUCAGUAGAAUGCGAUGAAAUUCCACGAUACGUGAAGUUUCGAGUGUUUUCACUUCCCCGAAAUUCCAUGGUACGUGAAAUACCAGGGACUCAAACACCACUGGAAUUCCACGGUUCAUGAAAUUACCGAUGUUGAAAUCGUGGCAAAACUCCCUGAUACGCGAAAAUUGCAAGACGUUUAUUGUACUAAAUUCGACGAUACUUUCAAUUUCCAUGCAUGAUAUUGAAAAAACUGAUCCCGCUUUUCACUCCAUUGAUACCUCACGAUAUGUUUCCUGGUCAGCAUUGCACUUCAUUGCAUUUCAGGGACUUAUUUUUGGGGUUGCAGUAUUAUACUGAAAAUGAUUUUUAACAGUUCCGACCAUUCUACCAUUUUUAUCACCGCCCCAGUCUUAUUCACUUUAACUAAUUGCCCAACGCAAGAGGGAAAAACCCAGGUUUUAAAUCGCGUAACAUCAUUUAUUUUAAAGUUCAAAUACAGGAACAAAGUUUGAUAAUUCUGACAGGAAAACGUGCAAAGUUGUGUCAGUUGAUAAACCUAACUCUAAAAAGUGUUCGAGCAUGUUGACAAUUCAUUCAAAGAAAUAUACAAGGUACAGUUGCAAGGUUGAUUGGAAUAUUCAGAAUGAGUGAUUUCAAAACAUUUCAAUUUUUUUAAAAAAAAGUUUUGCAAAAAUUAAAACAUAUAUAAUUUAAUCAAACAAUGGCAACAACUAGACUAGAGAGUAAUCCAUCCAUUCUCCAUCCUAUGUCCAUCAUCACUGCCACUCCUUAAAGUAAAGGAGAAUGUGGGGAGGGAGGCUGCAGUGAAGGAGGAUGUACUGGUGUGACAACUAGCUCCACUGCUAAUCAACGACAAUGGCCAUGCAUGUGAACUAAAGGGUGGUUGGCUUGUAGGUGGAUCUCCUUAAACGCUGGGGUUUGGAAGAAUUAAUCAAGGAGCUGGCAUCUAGCUGCUGCAGGGUCUCCUUAACCAUCUGUUCGCACCUUCAUCUGUUUUACUAAAAUCUGCAAAGCACAGCCAUUGAAAAAAGUGAGCAAUAACCACAAAUCAGUGCCCAAAAUAGUGGUUAAGGUAGUUUAUUUUUGUACAUGUGUAUGAACCUCUUUACUACCCAUGCUUAUAAUAACAUCAUCAACCACAACAAUAAUAAUGAUAAUAAUAAUGUGAUGUUAAGGAUAAUAAGACUUUCAAAUUUCUUUCGGAUUUCUGUAUAUAAACAGAAAUGAAACUGGAUCACAAUCGCCUUGACAUCGUGUGUGUGGACCAACAGAACAAAAAUUGCCUCAUCACUGAUAUUGCAUGUCCUUGUGACAAAAGGGUGGACAUCGAACAAGACAUCAACAACAUCAAAGAACAGUCUUGCUGAGAUCAGCAAGAAUCCUCCAAAGUGUCCUUGAAGUUUAAGGUAGCUUGUUGCCACCCAAUAAAUUCAAUGGGUUUGAAAUUUCUGGCAUUGACAUACCUGCUGUGAGGCAUGCACAAAAAUAAAUUGGGAAUUGAAGGAAAAAGACAGGUGAUUGUCCUCAAUAACAUUAUUAUUAUCAACAGCCGAAUAAAAUAAGGGUACUAAUAGACCUUUUUACCAAUACGGUGGCCAUAUUGAAUUAAUUCAAUUUAAGGAGUAUUAUAGGAUGCCCAGGGGACAUGAGCACAUUUCGCUUGUAUUUUGGAGCGCUUUUCGGGACAUUUUUUUCUUAAAGUUUUCUUAGAAUAAGAUUGUAAUGGGAAAAAAGAUCCUUGUGCCGUGUUUGGAUGUAAUCAUGAUCACCUUUUCCCCGAGAAAUAUACGGUGAAAGACCAUAUUUCUAAUGCUAAACUAGAAAAAGGUGAUCAUUAUUACGUCCAAACAGGGCACAAGAAUCUUUUUUCCUAUUACAAUCUUAUUCUAAGAAAACUUUACGAAAAAAUGUCCUGAAAAGCACUCCAAAAUACAAACGAAAUGUGCUCAUGCCCCCAGGGCAUCCUAUAAUACCCUUUAAAUCGAAUUAAUUCAAUAUGGCUGCUGUAUCAGUAAAAAGCUCUAUUAAAAGCAGUUUACAUAUACACUGUAGAUAAACUAUUUUCAGAUCAUACGUACAGCUAUUUCAUACAUUAUUUUUUUAAAAGGUUAAUUUGCACAGUAGUUCAAAAUAAUAUUAUCUAAACUAAAGGUAAUUUGGACAAAACCUGGAGCUGCGAUACAGUGUUUUUGAAAAAGCAAAGCCAAAUUAAUGAAGGGUGAAAUGAAAUGUAAUGCUGUAUUGGUAUAAAAUAGAUUCUCAAUAAUUGCAAAUCUAUUUUGUCAAUGCAGUUUUCAUAAAACAGCUUGUGUGUUUAUAAAUCAAGCACUACACCUACUGGAAAAUGCGACUGCAUGUACCACUCCAAUGAAGAGGUCCCAAAACAAAAUACCAUAUUUAUUUGAUUAAGUGCCUUGCCUGGGUGCUCACUAAAGUUUUGCACCUUGAGAGUGGGUUAUUAUUUAAGUUGGUCACUUUAAUGUGUAUUUGGGCUGGGUGUUUAAUGAAUUCUCAAAGUUUUCACCAAAAGUAAUUUUGUUGGAGAUAGAGUAAUUUUGUUUGAGUAAUCCAAAGCAGAUUUUUAACUGUUCAUUGAAAAUUUCUUUGAAAUACUGUACUAAGAAAACUUGGUCUCUUAAUUUAGUAGAACUUAGUCUUUUUCAAUCUAGCUGGUAUGGGGUAGGCACUUAUUCGAGGUUAGGAGAUAAUUCAUUUUUUUUCUGCCUAUAAGGUGGAGGGUUAUUGGAGGUGGGCAGUUACUUGAGGUUGAGCACUUUAUCAAAUAAAUAAUAAGGUAUUCUAUAUUCUUUUCAGCACUUGUUGUUACAUGUAAUUACAAAUUCUCAGUAACAUUGACUUUUCUUCUAUUUUCUGGUACAAACCCGUCAACCCCAGUGUCACUAACCUGCACAAUAUUGCAUAGUGCUCCUAAGAUGUUUGCCUAGUACUGAAAGGAAAAUCAGGAAUCAAUGAAGUUCACUUAAUUACUUUUAACUGUCACUGCUGCCUUAAUUACCCAUUGAAAUGUAAGAUACUGAGUAUUUACAAAUUAAUGUACAGGGGCUGUGCCACCACAGUCUUAGUUCACUUUGUUAAUAUUAAACAAUAAAUGGUGUGGGAUGAGGUUUUGUGAUAUCCAGAAAUAAUCAAGGAAGAGGAUUGACUAAAUGACAUCAGCUGAGCUGAAGGCUGAGGCUGAUAACACAUACUGAGACCUUGAUUAUUCCAAAUAUCACAAAAACCAAUUCUAAUAGUUGUUUCAUUAUGCAUUGUUUUCAAGAAAACAAGGACAAACACAGAAUUGCAUGGAACACAGUUUGACAUUCCUCUUAGAAAUCACACUUGGUGCACACCAGGGGGUAGAGACAAAGUCAGGCUUAUGGCGUACGAUCCCUGCCAAAAUUCAUGGUUUCAAUUUUAAAUGCAUCAUUUAAAACUCUAACCUCGGUACUUGAAUUUUAUAGCUGAAUUCAAAAUUUUACACUCUUCCUUUAGAAGAAAACGUUUUUAUGCUCGUGUCCCUUAGCUUUUAAACUCAACUCUUCUAUUUGACCUUGCUCGCUGUGUAUUUUCAACUCGCUUCGUCAAAUUACAUAGUAGAACCAUGCAAUUUUCAACUCGGCGCUAUGAAUAAAACUAUACACCAGACAAAUUUUCUAAUAUUGCUACUUUUUAUAAGCUUGAAUGCCUAAACCAAUACUCAGGGUAUUUUGCCACUUACCGAGUCAUAUUUCAAACUCAACCAUGUGUAUUUUCAACAAGACUUGUGAAUUUUCGUUCACGCUUCAGUGAUCAUUGAUCAACACCAGGAAGCCUCCCUGGGUCAAGACAAUAGAAGCCUUUGUCGGGUGGGUGGCUCUUUAGUCCAUCGUGCUUCGUGCAUAUUGCACAAACAUGGCGGCAGAGUUUGCACUUGCUUAGAUUCCUAUCAGUAUGGUGACAGGGUGCAAAGAAAGUCAUUUUUACAGCUGAAGCUAACAUUUACUAGCCCAAACAUCAUUUCAACUAGCCCCAAAAAUGUUUUGAUGAGCAGAUUGAUUUGACAGUACUUCUGUAAUUUGAAUUCCUCAAAAAACUUCACUUGCCCAUUGGGCAAGUUAAUAACAGAACUCACUAGUCUGAGAGCAAAAUCCACUAGCCCCGCGCUAUCGGACACUACUUUCUUUGCAUGCUGGGUGAUUACAGCAGAUUCAUGCAUCGAGUGGGGUAUUCAAAUCGCACCACUGUAAAUAGUGGGAUUUACCUGAUUCUACCGUGGCUGGCAUGGGAUCUGCCAUAGCAUGUUUAUCGAGCGCACAGCAAUAAAAGGGGUUGGUUGGUAGGCCUAUUAAAACGACUUUCACCUCCUACCAAAAUGUUGCUCAUUCCAAUAAGUUUUUUUCCCCUGCUGGGUAGAUUAUGCUCUGGAAGGUUCUACAAUUUCACUGAACAAAUGUGAUUUUUGGCACUUGUUUCACACUGAGAGGUCAUGGAACACAUAUUGAUUUACUGUGGUUUUUGUUUCUGGUCGGCAGGAUUUGUCCUCUGACGCAAGAGCAUUUUCUUUGACCUCUUUUAAAGCAUAAAGCUUUUUAUUACGGCUGAAUAAGGGUUCUAAUUUUCUCUAAAGGGCCUUCUGGAUUUGAAUAUUUUAAGCGAUUUUCUCUAGUCCUUUAAUGUAAUGUUUUUCUGCAAUCUUGUAUCAUUCUGGGCCUAACUCGUUUAGUAGUUUUCUUUGCAGGAUAUUAAAUUAUCACAGAUAGUGAUUUACAGAUCCAAAAUUAUAAGAAUGAGGUGCAUCAACUAUAGAUAAUUGCAUUGUGACUUAGUAGACUUUAGCUUAUUGUUUUUCUAAAGAUAAUAUGAGUCUUUUGACUGGAGUGUGUAUUUUUUCCCUUAAUAGUAAUACCUUUUGAAUGAGCUUAACUCCGACAAAGGCUUCUAUGGAGGGGGGGGGGCUCCCUGGUCUUGAUCAAUGAUCACUGUAGUGUAAACAAAAAUUCAUAAGUCUUGUUGAAAAUAUACAUGGUCGAGUUUGAAAUGUGACUCGGUAAGUAGAAAAAUGCACCAAGUAUUGGCUCAGGCAUUCAAGCUUAUAAAAAGUAGCAAUGUAGGAAAAUUUGUCCAGUGUAUGUAUAGUUUUAUUCACAGCGUUGAGUUGAAAAUAGUAUAGUUCUACUAUGUAACUGUAAUUUGAUGAAGCGAGUUGAAAAUACACAGCGAGCAAGGUCAAAUAGAAGAGUUGGGUUUAAAAGCUAAUGUUGAAUUUAAAAUUCAAACCAUAAAUUUUCGUGGGGAUCGUACACUAUACGGACUGAAAAACACUUUCGCAACUUGCAAGGCAGUCACCUUGUGUGGUAGUUCAGAGGUGAAAAGCGAACCAGCAAAGAGAAUAAUAUUCAAUAACUGUAAAAAAUGUAUCUCAUGCCUUUUUGUUUUUCUCACAUAUCGUAUUUGUCCUCGCAAAAUCGAAGCGACACUACCUGCAUUACUGUGUAAAUUCUUAACCAACAACAAUGCGUGCUGAACUUCCCUCCCCCACCUCCCUCCGUGCACACAACCUACAGAUUAGUCACUAAUAGACCUUUCCCGCAUUACGCUCUAUUGAGCAAACGCAAAGAAAUGAGGAUGAGGUUCGGGUGGACAAUUUCAUACAAAGGUCUAUCUGCCAGCAGAUAACUAAUAACUAAUCUGUAGGUUGAGCUUGCAAUGUAUGAUUUCUAAGAACAAACUGUGUAUACUGUCUUUGUCCUAAUUUUCUUGAUAACACUGUACAGGGCUGUGAACAUUUUUUUUUCUCUUAAAAGGACAUAUGUCCCACUAUUAAAAGACACCAUCUUGGUUGGACAAGCAAAGUUUUAGUUGUACAUAAUGCCAAUUACAAGUCCUUAUUCUAUAGGAAAAUUCAUUACCUGAUGAGGGAAUUCCACGAUAAAUUGCACGCGAAAACCGAUAUUGCACGAAUCGCGCAGCGAUGAGUGUGUUAUAUCAGUUUUCAAGUGCAAUUUAACGUGGAAUUCCCUCGUCAGGUAAUGGAUUUUCCUUGAAUCGCAUAACUGAAUAAAAAUCAGAAAAAAAAAAAAAGAAAACGGCAAUAAUAUUGUUUGUUUUUAUCCUGAGCGUGUGCUCCAGGAAGCCAUUUCAAAGUCAACUGUCAGAACUGUCUUUGCGUUAGCGAAUAGGAAGCAAGGUCAGUCGUACGCGUUUGACCCUUUGACAACUUUUUUUGUACCUUGUGCUCGUUUUCACAUUUGUUGUCAAUCUCUUUUACAUGUAAACAAGCUUCACAAUAAUCUUAAGGAUAAAUAGAGGUAUUUCACUAAAUUUACGAGCCGUUUAUCUAUAACAUCUUUUUUCAAAUUGGUCAUUUGCUCGAGAAGGAAAAUAAUAUACACCUUUUACGUCUUCGGCGGCAAAACUGAAAGAAAUGAAGUGUCCAAGCAAAAGCACUUAAAGUUUAACGUCGCGAUUGAUACAAUCAUGGUAAGUACCUUGAAAUGUUUUAGAAAUGCUGUUCAAGUUCAGCUCUGUUUUGUACUUUUCUAAGUAUCACGAUUCAGGACGAUUGCAAGCGGCGUACUCUUUUUCGUGUUUUCGCUGAGGGGCCAUGUCGUCUUUGAAGGUAUUUAUUUCUUCUCCUGUAUAAUUUAUGUGACAAUCGACCCCGGCACUUCCUCUGUUGUCGCUUCUCCGUUUUGUUUGGUUGAACUUUGGCUGGCCAUUUUCUGGGCCGUGUUCACAAGAUUUUCUUCUUUUCUCGUUGUUGUGAGCGAAAGAGGUUUUUUAUGCCUCUUCGAGAAUUUGUAGUUCAGUUCAAAACAAGGAAGAAAGUCCGGCUCACUAUAAAAACGCUUUUGUUUGUUUUGAACUCUUCAAAAGGUGACAAUGGUUUUGAAAACAUUUUAAAAUGACAUCGUAGAAAACCUUUUUUGCAGUUGUGUUGUGUUAGAAUUUGACGAUAGUUGUUACCUACAUGUAGAUGCGAAACAAUAUUGCUUAGCCUCGUUUUCAACUCAGAAUUCCACACUAAAUAUCUCGCUUUGUUAACCAAUCAGAAUGCGAGAUUUUACUCAGUUAUGCGAUCUUCAGUAGAACCUAGUGUAAGUGAAGAAAUAUUACUUGAAAAUAACAACAUCACUGUUUCAUGUAAACAAAUUUGUCCCGAAGCAUUACAUUUUCAUCAAAGUUACAGGCAAAAAGAAUGAACUUUAGGCCUACAAGUUUUCAAAAACCUCUACUCUUGGCUUGGAACCACGUGACAAGGCGGUCAUAUUGGUGGUGUGUUGGAGGUCAUUACAAUAGAAUGUUUUUUUUUUUUUGAAGAAUUUACAUGAAAAUAGGGUUUAGUUCCCGGAGGAGAGAAAUGCUUUUGUUCUUUACCCUAACACACCACCAAUAUGGCUGCUGUGACGUCAAGUGCAAUCCAGCAAUUGUAAUCCAUUUUAAUCUUCUUCAAGUUUGUCUAUCUGAGCCUCCUUUUGCGUUAAUUUGCUGUCUUGUUUAUACCUUCUUCAACUGUUGUGAGUAGUUAUUUUUAUGUUUCCGUCAAUAUGGUGGCGGUUUCAUCUGUUUAAAUUUUGAUAAAUUUCGUGCCACAGCUCCUUUAUAAAACAUUGAUUUCAUUGAAAACUUAAUAUAUGAUUUAAAUAGUUUGAAAACAGGGCAGCUUGCUAUCUAAUUUUCCAGCAAAAUCCUGAGUCUUGGAGCGCUUUAGUAGUACAGUCCUUAGUAUACUUCGGUGUUCAAAUUCUUAGUCUGCUUGACUGAGUCUCCUGUAUCGAAAGGGUUGCCUCUUAAGAUCUAUCGACAACUGAAGGUUGAACGUUCGAUGAUAAUGUGUUACAAUCCUCAGAUGUCCUGUGAUGCUAUCGAGAAGAAUAAUUAUGGACUCAAACUUCUGAGGGAAAUCAAACAAGUUGGCGUGAUCGAAACGGUCGGCAUUAGAUUCUACCCACCAAAACCACAUCGAUCGAGAGGGACUGAGAUUGACUUUUGGACACCUUGUGACAUGUUAUACCAAUGAAAGAUGCCUACGAUGUUUUGACGUAUUCGCCUCCCGGGGAUUCGCCUUUCUUUUGCUUUGGGCUUAAUAAUAUUUGGGAGAUCGAGUUCUCGCCAACAAAGGGUGAAUAUAACGAGUAUAACUGUAUUUUGGCAAAUAUUGUACGUGAAGUUUUAAAAUAUGUUUCAGAUUUCAUGGGUCUACGUGAUACACAUCUAGCACCGAACACUGUCGGUGGUUUUGGUGGAUGUUGAAGUCUACAUCCACCAAAACCACUCAGGGUUUUAAUUUUUUUAGGCGCAUAGUUACGCUUCUGCAAAGUACUGACGGACUUUUUUACCACCAUACUCAUAAAGCAUAAUAAUUAUUGACACAAACAAAAUUUUAAUCAUGGUUUUUAUAUAAGUUGUUAUUAUUUACACAUACAAACUAUUUUAUUUUCUUAUUAUUAUUUAUUAUUUUUUUAAUGUGCACUUGUGAGCAGCACACUUACACUUCCAGUGAACAUUUUCACUUGGGAGAAGGAGAAACCAUGCUUGCCCGGGGCAACGAAAAUUUUCGUGCCCUGGGCGAAAGUCGAACUCGCGACCUUCCAAAUCCCAUCAUCAGUCCCGGGAAACAAACAGGAACAUCAUGGCGGGAAUUUUAAGUUACGAACCCGCGUUCGAUAGGAAAAUUGCUGCGAAUUUUGGAUAUGUUUCUGAAGUUCAAAAGCCAACUGACGAUUGCGUUUUUCGCUGCCGUCAAUCAUCUUAACGGACCUCUUAGGAAACAAGACUUUACUUUAAUGGGUUCAAAAGGUCAAGUUUUGUGAUUUGUGAUUGGUGGAUUUCGAUCCGUUUUGUGUUUUUCUGUGUUUCAAGGUUCGUUGCUUGUGGUCGUAAUUAUGAUUGACGGCAGCGAAAAACGCAAUUGCGCAGGCGGCUUUUGAACUUUAGAGUUCGCAUGUUUGUGAAAAGCGCAGUAAAGCUGUAUUAUGUACAUUCAUAAGUCUCAGAAAUUUACAAUUUUGGAGGUCAAUAUAUGUAGACUGGAAUGCUAAAAUCCAUGCCGGAAAGAAACUUCUUCUUGCAAGGGGUGGGGGGGAGUGUAAAGCUCGCGGUAUUUACACCUAGCUAUAUAUCCUGGUUCCAGAGGUUGUUCCUGAUUUUUCUCCGCGUGAGAAAGAACGAGCACUUACCAGCGAGCUUCGCGAUUCGUUCUCGCCGCUCGUUGCUCGUUUCCAACAUCUUACUAACAUCUCAGUCAUUAUGUAUGAAACUGUAUCCCCUGAUAUAUUUUCUGCACCCCCACGUGAAAUGAACGCAGCCUUUCUCGAGCCUUUCUCUUUCUUUCAGCUCCCAGUACAGAAGUGUAGUACACUUUGCUGGUAUAGUAGAAUUCCGACUUCACUAACGCUAGAGCCCUAAUGGUUCAGUGGUUAGAACGUCCGAUCUAGUAUUCGGAUGUUCGGUUGUUCGUGCAUAUCAUCCGUACAUUUUCCGAGAAUCUUCGGUUACGACUUUUAAGUUAUUCAAAAUUUAAUCUCAGUCCCUCUCGAUCGAUGUGGUUUUGGUGGGUAGAAUCUAAUGCCGACCGAUCGAAACGAUCGAUUUCACACUUUCAAACUGGACGCCAAAUCGGAACCUGAAAGAGCAUGUGCAAAGCGAAUACCCGCUGACCAGUUGCUUUGCUGUAUUGUUUCAUUUCCAGGCCUCAUUCGAACGUAUAACCCCCAGGUUUUCUUCUUUUUUUCUUCUGCUGACAGAGGUGAUACCCGGGAAGCGAUAAAGGCAGUUCAAAAAACAAUGUAGUAUUUGUAGAAAGUUAGUCAAUACUCCGUUGAAAUUAAGUAGCCAUAGUUUUUCGAGAAUGCCGUCUGUCGUUCAUCGUAAGUAAGGAAAUAGUUAUCACGCAUGUUCUCUCUGUUUUGAAUUUGUUUUCGUUUAACUCGUUGUGACAAAGACACUGUAUUAUUUUUCAAGAGUAAGUGACGGGCCAUUUAUGUUAACAAUGCCUUCCAGUCACCCGAACAGAAUUACAAGAUCUCCAAAAACAACAAGCCAACGAUUCUCAUCGUUAGCGGCGUGAAAACUACUUCGGUCAUGCUAAAAACAACAAAGAAAACAGAUCCUGCUACCAGAGUGCACGUGGCAACCUUACAGUUACUCAUCUUUCAUAUCUCGCGUAAGAGAAUGAGCGUAAAAUUGUUGCAACCUUAUGUUGCCUUCAUUCAACCUUUAAGCCAAGUGCGUAAAUCUUUAACAACCUCGGCGUACCUUGGAAAGUUUGCGUAAAUGAGUUAGUUGUGUUUUUAUUAGGUAAAGUUUAAUUUUUCCUAAAUUUCAGUUUUCAUGCCAUUUUACCUCACGGUCAAAAGUCGACAUGGCUUUGGCUAACUGAUAUCGUUAAGAAUCAGAGCUCGUAUAUUUCUUGACACACCGCAGAAGACGUGUCCGGGCCACGAUUUGUCCUGAUUUUUCACGACAGAGGUAUCGGGGACACGGACACUCUCUGAAACGCCGCGUUUCAUGACACCUCGCGUGUCGGUAUACUAUUUGCUAAGUGCCAUGGGAGUAUCGUGGCCCUGUAAAUUCCACUAAAUUACUUAUUUCACGCAGUGUCUCCUUAUUUUCCUUCCAAUCCAGAGUUAAAAACUUUCUUCUUUCCUGUUAUUGAAUUCUUAACUUCAAUUAGUCUUUGUUUAGUUUUUCGUUACCAGAUGUAUUUUUAAUGCAUUACUGUCCGCGAAUUUUCACUUUACUUAUUUCUUUGUGACUCGGGAGCCCAGGCUUCAUAAGCCUUUUGGUUUCUUCUGGGCUCCCUUGCCAACUUAAAAUUUUUAUAUGUAUUCUUGUAUCGUAAUGCAUUUUGGCUAAAUAAAACUGAACUGAACCGAACUGAAGUGUAAUUUACAAGCGUAAAUUACACUUGUAGAAGUUUUAUUAAAUUGACCCCAAAAUUCUUUGAGUUCGCUCACCGAAAAAAAAAAAUAAAAACAUGGCUCUGCAAUAUUCUCUUGCGUGUGAAUAAUUGUCCCGUCGAUAUAUCCCCACAACACAGAUUGUUUCGAUUUUGCGCGUAGCUUAAAGUAUCUUUGAAUACCCGUAAAAGGGAACUCUGAUGGAGAGAGGAGGUAAAAUGAGCCCACUGCUGUCGGCCUCAGGUUUGUCACUUGAAGUACACUGUAAUGUUUAUCGACGUAAAAUAAGUUCCUUUACCUUUUACCUGAUCACAAGGGAAGCAACUGUCCUCUUGACGGCUAAUUUCGUUGCGCAUGUGUCGGACACAUUGCAAGUGUUCGGCCUGGGUUUAUGAUCGUCCUGCUCAGAGGUGGUAAUUAGACAACACCUGUAAAUCCUUUGGUCUGUGCAAGGGGGUAAUAGACUCCAAAUAAUAUCACCGGCUGUGAUUUACGUUUAUAAGUACAUUUGUCACCAUUAAGAGAAGAGAUAGUGCGACUUCUCUAACGCCACCACUUUGUCAGAACCCUACCAAAGUGAUAGUGCUAGAAAAGUCAACGUUUGACUCUCUUUAAUUUAUGGUGGCAUAUGUACUUUGUCGACGCAGUAGGCAAAACUAAAUUGAAAAUUUUCCACUCCCCCUGCACCAACAACUUUGAAUUGAGCAUUUUCCCCUCCACAAGGAAGGACUUAGUUAAUGCAGUGUUAUAUAAAGAGAGUCUUGCAAAACUAACUUGAACAAUUUGAUGUAAUAAUUAUAAAAGUAAAUUAUAAUCAUCAUAAAAAUUAUCUCAGAAUCCUUUGAGGCCGUUUUUUCUAAAAGCUUUAUAACUUUUACAAUUUUGUACGUAGAAGAAUGGCAAACCACAGCAAGGUAACAUUUGGCAUAAAAUGUCUUCCCAAGUCACGUCUGGGGUAAUGAUCAGUCAACUUUAAGGAGUACAUGAAGCAAAUCGGCGUGAACGUGAGGCUGGAAGUUAUCCAGAAAACAGAAUUGUUGAGGACAGCAAAGAUACUAAGGAAAGUACUGACGUCCGUGUAAGAAGAAGGAAAAGAAAGACCUGGGACCGGUGGUGACUUGUUGUAAUCCGCUCCCAAGGACUAUAAAUCAUGAGGCCGAACAUCCUUCCUGUCAGUCUACAAGGAAUGGACAUAAUAAUAUGUCUUUAUUCAUUGAUAAAAAUACAUAUCAAAAGUUACAAUGGUGGAAAAUAUUAGAAUACUGACCAAUAAGCGCUUGCACUUGCAAAAGUAACAUAUAUAAAGGUAAAUUAAUCUAGGUUAUCUGGUGUCAAACUGAGAUUUAACUUUGCAUUCUAAUUACUAUUUAGUUUCGUACCGCAAGGCAUAUGCGGCACAGAUAAAAUUGCCAACAAAAAGUUUGAAAAAAGGUUAAAAUCAAGCGCUUUGCUGGCGGUUGUGGUGAAAUCUGAGACUCCAGAAGUAUAGAAGAGAAAGACAAAUUAUCGACAGAUCCUUUGACGGCAAUUUUUGGCGAGUUUGGACCAUUUUCAUGAGCUGGAACGACCGGCUUCAGAGUCCCCAGCCUUCCCAUUUCUUUUUACUGUUAGUGCAACUCAAAAUCUUAAACGUCAAUAAAACGCGCGGCUUCCAAAUGGCUCUAGAGGCGAAGAGACAGUAAAUAACAGAACACAAACACAAGGUAACUCAUUUUUAUUUCUAUUUUUUGUCGAAAAAUGGAAUUUAGGACGUAUUUUGUUUAUUUUCAUACAUUCUCUUAUAAAUUCAAAGCCCAACGAACUCCCACAGAGUUUGGGCUGCCUGUGAAUUAUACUGUUGAGGUUGGCAGCAAGGUGACAUUAUUUACUUUUUUCAUUCUCAGAAUCAGGGAGCGAAAGCUUAUUCGAUGGCUUUUAGAAGUCGAAGUUUUCAUGCCACGUAUUAGGGACCUUAAGAUACCCUGGACGCGGCGGUAAAGAGAACGGAGAAGGCCUGGAGCGAGGACGCCGCCACCGUCGCGGGAAAAACAAAUUAAGAUUGAGCAGGUUGGGUUGAGUGCUCGUCUGACGAGAGAGGAUGAAGUAAUGCUUUCGUGUUUUAAUUCCAUAACUCGUGAAGUCUUGCUUGAUUGAUACCUUAACGAUCUUUUAUUGGAAGAAAAAUUUGUGCUGCCGGCUAUGACUCCAGUUUCUCUAAAAAAAAAAACGAAUUUCUUCGAGGGAAACUUGAGGGUAUGAUCGGAGUUCAGGUUAUCAGCUAUUUGUUGCCAGACUUUUUCGCUUUCCGUUGUUCUAGAUCUUGCUUUAAAACGAUAUGGUUCUGUUAUGAGAACUUCCCGUACUUAAACGAGAUUUUGAUCUUCAGACCGCUCCAUCGCUGAACUAAAAGUGAACAAAUAAAAUUAUAAAAGUUAAUAAAUGAACCAUGGCGUCUUGUUCGAGAUCUCAAUUUUCUCUGACAUGUUCAAGUUUAUUACAAGCCUAGAUUUUUUGUUUUUCAACAAUUUUUUUUCGACUUCUUGUCUCUUAAGUUGUCAAAUACUAUCCUAAAGCGAAAUCGUUGUCCCCUUAAAAACAUGCAGUUAUAGUGUUACAUUUGUGUCGAAAGACUCAGCACUUUCAUUCUCAGUUGCCGCCAAAACACUGAAACCAACAGGCUUGAUAGCAAAAAAAUACGAGGCAAUCUUUAGAGAACGCCUCACUAAAAACACUUAAAUGUGUCUCUUGAAGUAAAAGGGAUCGAAAAUCCUUUACGAAAAGCAAUUUCUGCACUGAAAACAAGAAAACCAACUCACCGUUUUACGAGGCGGCCAAACUUCUAGUUUUAACCGUCGCGACUUCAGGUCGACGCUGUGGCAUUAUGCUAAUUUGUUCCAAGAAUUGAACAUUUCACUUCCGUUUGGCGUCCUCCUCGGCCGCGUCCAGAGUAUCUUAAGGUCCCUAUUUAGCAGCUGGAAGUUUCGUGUUUGCAUGAGAUGCAGCCGAGCCGCAAAGUCUGAAAUUAUUGAAGUCUUCAACCAAAGAACAACCACGUAAAAGAAUCAAAUAGGCAUUUUCUUGAAUGACUAAGGCAUGUUUAGUUUCCCGGCACUGAAAGCUCAGGGUAUUCAUGACUCCUGUCAUCAAAGUCGAGGUUUCCACCUUUUGUUUUAAGUUCUUGUUUUCUCUGAUAAUAAAAUAAUUAUUGAACGGACUAAACUUUUAUUUCUUGGUUCUAGUUUUAAUAAUGAUAAUAAUGACGUCUUUAUUUUGGUUUCUUUCAUAAGUAUUGCUAUAGAUUCUUUUCUUAGUUAUCGCUUUCUCCCAAAUUAACUUAUGCCAAACUAUUAGCAUGCCAAAAAACCAGUAAAAACAAAUUCGCGCGUCUUGUCAAGCGCUAGCAACCUACAAACCUCAAACAUCAUUUUCAGCGUUGGUGCAACCAGAUAACCAUGUGGUACAAAAGUUUAACACUAGAAAAAUAUAUCAGCUAUCUCGAAUAAAGUGAUUUUUUUCGCCCCAUUUUUUUUCCCUUUUUGCUUUUCGCUUGGCGCGACGGCAAAGUUAUGCUUACGCAAUUGGUUUGUACACUAGAACGGAAAUUAAAAAGCUGACCAGAUGUUAAAUUUUGUUCUCAUGCGCAGUGCGUUUUGCCGCGGUGUUGGCAAUGGCCGAUGUAUCCUCAUGGAGUCGAGGAAAUGCCAACUUCAUUACGAUUUUGGAGGUAACAGAAGUUGUUCGAAGUUGUCAAACCGAUGAACGCUUCCUUGUUGCACUUCUACUGACCGCUGAGAGACUGGAACCAGCCCUGCUGGGCCACAGGUAAAUCAAGCUCUAUGCGUCCGCGUUUCUUCGUUCACGCCACCGUUGUAAUUUUGGACGGACUGGGCUAAUAAAAGCACUACGCGAACACCGUACGUUUUUCAGGGUCCUGUGGCUAUAAAUUCGAGCGGACAUCGGCUUAAUACAAAUGCUUCGUUAUUACGGGAUAGCUCUCUUUGUCCCUGGACAAAGCCGUUCCGUUUCAACACCCAUAAUACGGACACUCGUUCAUGCGAACAAAGGUUACUUUGUUCUACUCCAAUCAACAGAUUCUCAGACCGAAAGAAGUUAAGCUCGAUAAUAUGUGACACUAUAUUCUCAACCGGCCGUGUGCUGUAUUAAUUUAAUCCUUGCCUCUGACGAAGUUAUCCUCGAAUACCAGCAAUUACAGUGCUACGGUAGAUGGGAUAAGAUGAAGUGGAGACGUCAAUUUCUGACUUUAAAGUAAUCAAUGAGUUUAAUACACAGAGAACUGUUUUUGAUUAAGUAAUGAGCGCAAACCGAAGGACAAAGUCUGCGUUGAAACUAGUAAUAGCAAUUGUAGUGUACAUCCGGGAACUUAACUUCCCUAGCGCGGGAACUCUGGAAUCAUGUAACUUGACGGAGCCAGCGUGUUUUGUAGUGUGGCGGUGAUGAGCUAAAUAGUGCUCGUGUUUACUAGACUAUAUGGCCUCGGUGGCCCGUUAGAAAUACCACAGCAAUGUUCUGUUUAUUAAUAUUUCUUUAGUAUGAUAGUUGUUCACCAAACCAAGUUUUGUUGUUUGCUUCAAUAACAUGACCACUUAAAUUUUUUUUGUAAGGACACUUUCUAACCCCCCACCAACCCCCUUGUAACGUCCGUAAUAAGAGGGUUCGACUGCAUCUACUUUGUACUUUUUCGAGUUUGCUCCUGAAAUUAAACUAGGGAUGUAAAUUUGGCUUUGGAAAGGAGUCGCGUAAAUACAUAUAUGGUGGGUGUUUCUCUUAAAGUAAUGUCUAAAGGAUCCCAUACAGUCUGCAACAAUAUUCAUAGUGAUUCACUGUUCCCAUUUUCUAGAAGCAAAAGAUUGUCGGAUAUCAUGCUUGGAUCUGGCAUUUGUCUAAUACAGUUAUGAGAAUUGAAGCUUAUAUCGAACAGUGACACGAGUGCUUUAAAAAGGUUGAAACCGACGCAAGCAAAGUAAGCGCGGUUCUCAGCCCUUCGGCGAUGUAAAGACUUCCAGUUGAGUCUUCACUAAAAAGUGUCGCUUUCGGAAGCGCGGGGACGAUUUGGAUUAAGUCGCGCAGCAUUACUGUGUAGAACUGGUAGCUAAGGAAUAAGUUGUCUCAUAACGCCAUGCCCUCAAAAAAGGAAAGAACACUUGAAGAAUGAAAUAGUAGUGGAGUCUUUCCUAUUAAGCCUCGCAUUACUGCAUGUUGCGAAUUCUUCAAGUUAACACAACCUGCCAGGUCCGAGUUCAAAUCGUAUCAGAUUCAAUUUUUGAAAUAUAUGUUUGAAGAGGAUUUAUUAACAUAAAACAGAAUGAACAGCAUCGAGGGCAUUUGGCAAAUCAUUCACAUAGAAUAUACAAUAGCGUGCCAAAGUUGGUACCCCAGUGAGCAAAUCCUACAGAUACUGUAGCUUGGUGAGACUGGGUAUUUGCCAUUCAUGUUUGAAACUGAACUGUUUAAAUGUUUUCUCGUUCUUUCCAUAGAUUUGGGUGUGGAUAGCCCUUUCUAUGAUGUUACAAAAAGCAAGAUUCCUGUUUAUUAUCUUUCUUAUGUAAGGGUACAACCUAGAAUGAAGGGUACAACUCUUGAUAGCAUCAGGUCUUCACUUAUUAGCCUGCGCCACAGACGAACCGAGGUUACGCAGGAUGUCCCUAAUUACGUAUACAUACAAUGAAAACUCAGGAGUCCUGAGCCAAGACCAGAAUAUCAGAGCUAAAAUUAAUUAUUGACGCUGCCAGUAGACAGUGAUACGUUAGGGAAGGUUUCGGCGACUUUCAUACUGACGGGUACAAAAAAGGAUUUAAGUGUCCUUAUCAAGCGGGUUAAAAUGUAAGGGCUUUGUCCAGGGUCAAUGAAAGCUGUUCGUAAUAACGAAGCGGAUGUCCGCAGAGCGGGGCUCGAAUUUAUAGCCACAGGACCCUGUAAAACGUACCGAGCUAAAAGCUUGGUCUGUCUGUGGCCAUGCACGGUUGGUCCCAUUGAGUACGACAACCACGCAGCUAAUCAUGUUCUAGUCCAUUAAAGUAGGGUGGGAUCGUCCCCACUCAACACCUGCUUAUCUUUCCAUUAUUUAUUAGAGCAUUGUCUACAACAAUGGUUUUUUUUUCACCUCAAUUUAAGAGAUAUUAUAAUUUAUUUGCGGUUUAUUAAGUUCAGUUGUGAAAGGGUUAACUACGCUGUUGUAAAAACAUUUGCAUAGAAGAAAAUAAUUAAAAUUUGCUAACUUAUCUUUGAAUAAUAAAUCCUAUUUUUUUAAAAAUUUACCCAGUUUACCUGGCGACAAUGGCCCAUCCGGCUAGUCCCUAAUAUUUUGAAACAGAGUUGUUUUUAAUAGAUCAUUAAAACCUUUCAACUUUAAUUCAUGUCAAAUUCUGUUUACCACGAACGGUGUAAGAAUCUAUUGUAAAGACGGUAUUAACGAGAGCACAGUUAACGCAAGAAAAGCUACAUCUUCAAUAGAUCUGGAAUUGUCUCUGUUUGUGCAUAUGUAUGUGUUAACUGUGAAAUAUCAGUAAAAUCUUUCCAACCAUUGUUAAAUUAUGUCAUCAACAAAAAGAAUAAUUUAAGUUUUGACGUUAAUGUUAACAUGCGACGGGUGGUAUGGAACUGUUUACCGGUAAAGUAUAAAUUACUUCCCCGUUGUAGCUUAACCGCACUUAAUGCACUCGACUUUUCAGGAGAGUUGCGAUCCGCGAACAAGGCAGCGAUCAUGGGUGUUGUUCUUCACUACAGUAUUUUCUUUAUGCUGUACUUGAAUUCUUUAAGAAUUUGCUUCGGCUGUUUGGAUGGUAAGUUCUUCUCUUCCCGGCUUCUUGUUUCAGUCAUAUUUAUCGCUAUGUUCAAAAAUUGAGCGUCAUAAUAGUGACAAAUACAUCUAUCUCUUGGAAGAAGAUAGAAAAAAAAUUAUAAUUAGCUAGACCGACUUUAAAAAUUGGAAACAAGAGUAGCUGCAAAAUUUGUAUUCUAAUAUACUGCCCACAAUUAUGACUUUUCUACGGCUUACGGUUAAUUUCUCUUCUUUACAGUUAACAGACAUAUGCAAAAAAGUCACUUCACAUGCAAAAAGUUCCGCAAAAUUAAUUUUCGUGGUUGCAAAAUUGUUUAAGGCUCGUAGGACUCCAAGGACUGUACCUUUCCCAAAUAUAAAGAACCAAACUAUUAGCAACGAGGGGAGAAGACGCAAAACGUUCUAAACAAGCGUUGUCGAAACGCUCUAAAUAAUAAAUUUUGGUUGGAGACCAGCUUUUUUCACUGUUAACCUCUUUUACAACUACCAGCGAUUAACCCCAUCUUUGUGGGCUCUGUUUGUUUAUUUAGCCUGUUACGUCUGGUCGCAGGCAAAAUGAUUGCUCUACAAGAAUCUAGCUGUAGAAAAGAAAAAGGAAUUUGGCUAUUAUUAGCCAGAAAAAAAAUAAUAAAAAAGGCCGCUAACAAUGUCAGUGUGCGAGGAUCUUUUAGUCCCUUGUUAUUUCUUUUCGUUUCUUGUCAGUUGAACUUUUCACUUCCCCUCUGCAGCUCAAGAUUCCUUAGUAUCUGUUCUUAUUAUCUUUAUUUUUACUUUGGACCCCUACCAUAUUAACACUAUACAUUAAUACGACCAUGUUCACCUCUUUUAAGUUUGACGAAUCUUUUUCUGGCUCGAAAAUAUCCUGUCAUUUCCUUAUUCGAAAACCUCGUUCAAUAUGACCACCUUUAUAAGUAUCCCCAGGCGUUACCUUUUUCAAAUUUGUACCUCGUUAAUACGAACAACAGGGAAGUCAGACGCAAUCAAUUUGACAAUCUGCAUCAAUUUUAUCUUACUGAAAGUUGUUACAAUAACAUAAUUGAGCGUCCGAGUCAUAUGUGUAAAAUCCGACACGGCAGAUUGAUAGACUGGUGAAAUUCUAGUUUGUAACUUAUAUUUUAGAACGGCUUAGUAUAAUAUGUGUUGUAACACUUUCUCGGAUCAUGGUUUUAAAGCCCAACGGUCAUCGUAUUAACGGGAAUUUUAUUCUACUCAACUGUCCUUGUUUCCUUUGUGGUCAAGUUAAUAUGCUUAAGACGUUCAUUGAAUGCCUUUUUUCAGAAUAAAUAUUAAACGUUCCUCAUGGACGAAAAACCAGCGAAAUACAAAGCUAAAAGUUAUUUAUUUUUGUCCUCUUUGGGCGUAAGUCAGUGUUAAUUGCCAUCAUAGAAGUUGUCCUUUGAAUUCUGAAAUUCUUUCGAUAUCAUGCCAUCUACUUCAACCCAUGUUUUAUUCUAUUUAAUGCAAGAAUUUGCUUAUUCAUUCAAUCAUGCAGCUGCUAACAGACUGACUGAAUGACAUAGCAACUUUAAUAAAUGCUGAAUAAGAGGAAAUAAGGGUAAACACAUCCUGCUGCACAUAAUUAACAAGGAGAAAAUUGCUAAAAAAAACAAGAAUUCUGUUUGAAUCUUUAUAAAGAUUCAAUUAAAAAACAACAACAACAACAACAACAGCAACAACAAGAGAAUUCUGUUUGCCAUGUCAACGGGAAAUCAUUUCCUGAGCAAACACCGGACGAUCACAAUGUUGGCUCUUUUCAUAAAAAUUGAAACUUUCCAUGGAUUUAUUAUUGCCUUAAGGCAGAGCAGAAGCUGAAACGGUUUUCCCCAUUUUAUGCACCGGAUUUACUUUAGCUGUGUCUUCUAUUCCAAUGCCGAAAUGUUGCUGUUUUGUUCAGUUAUAAAGUUGCCAGCGGACUCAACGAACAACAUUGAAACCUAUUUAAAAGUUAAAUAACAGGAGAAAAAUGUGAGAAAAUUAUUAAGAAAUAUAAAAUUGAUUUUCGAUGUUGUCACUGCGGUUAACCCUUAGAUUAUAAACUCGUUAACAAGGAGAAAGUUGCUAAGAAACAAAGAAUUCUGUUAUUUGCGUGACUGGGGAAAAAUAUUUUCACAAUAAACACGACAGUUUAUUAAGACAGGUGGGAAUACCAUCUUCCUGUUUUCCUGUUUUCAGUCUUUUCAUUUGGCUUUUACAAAUUUUAAAACGAAUUAUCGUAUAUUUUCCUUAAAAAGGGGGGGUUUCUUACAUUAGAGCUCGACCAAUUGACAGAAAAUAGGCCUAGAGAGCUAACAACUUAUAUCCAUCUCCUUGUUGUCAUUAUUUCAUAUACUUUCCUAUUUUAAGCCAGUUUGAAGAAUAAAAUCUACUCUCCCAGGAAGAUCGUCAGCGAUUCCAAAAAACCCAGCAAGUAUAUAAUAUACAUAGCAGUUUCAUCAAAUUUCAGAUAAAACAUGGCUGAAAGAGCAGGAGUAUAACCUAAAAUAUAAGUUGUUACGUUCCAUGAACUUUAAUCUUAUCUACAAAGGACAGUUGCUUUAUAUUAAUCGAAGCUCUUUUUGCCGCCAAAAAAGUUCAGAAUUGCUAAAUGCAUUUUUUUUCCUUUUUUAAAUUCAGGUAAUUGCCGCGUUCUGGCGUUUCCGAGUUAUUUCCUAAUUGCUGACAAAUGUUUGGAGAGCCACACGUUCUUAAUUGUCCAACAUGUCCCGGAUAUGGGUCUCUGUGAACUGCUUUGUUACAACGAACCAAACUGCGUCAGCGUUAAUUAUGAAAUACAAACACAGAAACGGUGUGAACUGAAUAAUUCAACACACCGAGCGCACGAUGACGACUUUUUAGAGAGGAAAGGCUGCUUAUAUCAUGGAGCAAUUGUAAGUAUUUUGUCUUGUCUUUUCUUGUCUUUUUUUCUUUUAUGAUCUGCUUUCAUCAUCUUCAAGGCGAUCAUUAUCUCAUCGUCAUAGUCAUCAUCAUCACAAGAGACGUAAUCUUCGUCAUUAGGGAGCUUAAGCAACUACGACGAUGGCGGUGGAGUGAACGUUUCUUAAAAAGUUAACUCAAGCUGUUUCAAAAUUCGUCGCUCUUUUUCCAUGCCGCGAUUUGUCAAAUGUUGGUGAAUUUUUCGGGUGUUAAAUUCUAAAGGACUGUAUCUAAGUUGAAAAAAAUAGAAACAUUUGUCCAGAAACGUGAAAUUAGGUAGGUCAUGAAACGACACCAACGAAAUAUACAAUUAAUCUUAAUCCACGUGCAAAGUUUUUUUUUCUAAACCUAUUUGCUUUUUCGGCGUUUUCGUUGUCUUCGACGUCGUCGUUGUUUAAGCUCCCUAUUAUCAACAUCAUUUUUGUAAUAAUUAUCAUUGUCAUCAUCGUCAUAAUCAUCCCGUAGUUUAUAGUUGACCCUCGAUCAUGAAGGUUUAACUGGCGUAACUUCUGUUACAAAUCAGACCUGAUUUUUGUUCUUUAAAGAGUGCUUGUGAUAAUCCACGUUGCCAUAACAACGGUACCUGUCAGUCUGGAUUCACAGAGAAAAAAUAUCGGUGUUUAUGUCCUUCUGGUUUCACUGGUGAACACUGUGAGAGUGGUAAGUUAUUCUUGAAAGUUUCUUUUAAAACAUCUAAUUAAAUCAAAGGAUUUUAAAUCGUAAUAAAGAUAAUUUAAGCCGUUCAUGUCGUUUCUCACGGCAGUGUAUGAAACGAGCGGUUAUUUUAAGAUUUUGUUAUCCUGUGAGUUUAAAUUAGCCUUCUUUAAAUGUCGCAAACUUUCAAAUACUAUUUUCCACGAAAUUUUUGCAUUAUGUUUUCUUGUGAUCUUGUGUGUGUUUCUUGGUUAUUUGAGUUGCGUGUUAGUGCUUGUUGUUAAGUAGUAGCAGUUGGUAAUUGAAAGCUAAUCUCAACUAUAAAAGAAGAUAACCUGACAUGGCCUGAGCCUGAGCAAUACCUCUAUGCUCUUUGCUAGGAAGUUCAUUUUAUUGAGCUCGCGAGGGGGCGGGAAGACUCCAAUGAAAAAUGCUCGUCUGAAAUUAGUAUUAAAACCCCUACAGGACACUAAUCAGGGCGUGGCCUUUUGCUCUUAGCUGUAAUUGACCCCUUAAGAAUACCAUGGAUCAUGAAAGUAUGACUACAACAACUAAAGCAACUACAGCAACUACAACAACUACAGGAACUACAGCUACUACAACAACUACAGCAACUACAACAACUACAAUAACUACACAACUACAGGAACUACACAACUACAGGAACUACACAACUACAGCAACUACAACAACUACAAUAACUACACAACUACAGCAACUACAACAAUUACAGUAACUACAAGAACUACAAUAACUACACAACUACAGGAACUACAACAACUACAGAAACUACAACAACUACAGGAACUACACAACUACAGCAACUACAACAACUACAAUAACUACACAACUACAGCAACUACAACAACUACAGAAACUACACAACUACAGGAACUACACAACUACAGCAACUACAACAACUACAAUAACUACACAACUACAGCAACUACAACAACUACAAUAACUACACAACUACAGCAACUACAACAACUACAAUAACUACACAACUACAGCAACUUCACAACUACAGCAACUACAAUAACUACACAACUACAGGAACUACAACAACUACAGCAACUACAACAACUACAACAACUACAACAACUACACAACUAAAACAGCUACAGAAACUACAGCAACUACGGGAACUAAACAACUACAGCAACUACAACAACUACAAUAACUACACAACUUCAGGAACUACAGCAACUACAACAACUACAAUAACUACACAACUACAGCAACUACAAGAACUACAAUAACUACACAACUACAGGAACUACACAACUGCAGCAACUACAACAACUACAAUAACUACACAACUACAGCAACUACAACAGCUACAGAAACUACAGCAACUACAACAACUACAUAACUACAGGAACUACACAACUACAGCAACUACAACAACUACAAUAACUACACAACUACAGCAACUACAACAAUUACAGUAACUACAAGAACUACAAUAACUACACAUCUACAGGAACUACAACAACUACACAACUACAACUUCGACAUGUGGGGCCUUGUAUGUCUCAGGACAUUAUACGUAAGGCUUACAUGAAGUACCGACCUUCAUGCCGCCAUCUUGAUAAUUUGAAACCGCGUGCCAAAUACCUCGCAGGCGCAAAAUGUCGCUGAUUUCUGGUAAUGAUAGAUGAAUGCAGAAACAAAAUCCAUACCUGUGAUCUGAAUGCGGUUUGUAGCAACACUCAAGGGUCUCACAACUGCACCUGCAAACCUGGAUACUCUGGAGAUGGAAAGAAAUGCAUUGCAGUUGGUAUGCAGCAUCCCUAUAGAAUUAUUAUGUUUUCUUGUCCCCGUCAUUAG